AUGGCGUCGAAAAAAUCGACCCCUAAAUUCGAUCCAAAGCUCUAUGCCAAGCGGCUGGGUGCGCUCUACGAUGACUGGAAGAAUCCCGAGUCACAAGACGUAUGGAAGAACAUCGGUGUGCUGGUUAUAACCAACGGCACGCCCGAUGAGGAGAUCAUCUACAAAAAAUCAACUGCCCUGCAAGACUGGCUUGUCGGGUUCGAGCUCGAGAACACGGUCAUGGUGUUCACGGAGCGCGGCGUCCACAUCCUCACCGCCAAGGCCGAUCUGCUGGGCGGCAUCGCCGAUGCCCAGCCCGCAGACAGGCCCGAGCUCUCCACCGCGCUCUACCCCAUGGAAGCUGGAGACAACACACAGAACUUCGAGAGGCUGCUCGCCAUCAUCAGGGACAACCUGGAGGGCAGAGGCGUGGGCGCUCUGCCGCGCGAGGAGGCUCUGGGCGACUUCAUCGCGGCGUGGAAGAAGGCUUUCGAUGACGCCGGCCUCACCGUCGUCAACGCUGCCAACGCCAUCGGCAACCUCUUCUCGACCAAGGACGAGCAAGAGCAGAAAUUCGUGCGUACGGCCGGCGCCAUCAGCGCGGCGGUCCUGAAGAACUUUGUGGUGCCCGAGAUCGAGACGAUUGUCGACGAGGAGAAGAAGGUCACCCACUCCGCGGUGGCUGAGAAGAUCGACGACAUCUUCCUCACUCCCUCGAAGAUCAACCCCAAGGCACACAUUCCACGCAUUUCACCCUCGUUACUGUUGCGGCGCGGUCUCACUGCCGACUUGGUGGAGUCGUGCUACACCCCGAUUAUCCAGAGCGGCGGCGUGUACGACCUCAAGCCAUCCGCCGUGAGUAACGACGACCAGCUGCACUUUGGCACCAUCAUCUGCUCUCUCGGCGCGCGCUACCGCCACUACUGCUCCAACGUGGCGCGCACCUACUUCGUCGACCCCGACAAGGAGCAAGAGGAGAUCUAUGCGCUCCUGCUCGAGGUACACAAGCUGAUGAUCAAGGCGUUGGCGCCCGGCAACCCUGUGAAGAAGAUCAUGGAGGUGGCCGUGGAGCACAUCCAAAAGAAGAAGCCCGAGCUGGUGCCGCACUUUGUCAAGACUGGUGGCUUCGGCAUGGGCUUGGAAUUCAGGGAAUCCGCGCUCUCGAUCACCAACAAGAACGCGAAGGUGAUCCGCGAGGGCAUGGUGUUCAACAUCUCGCCCGGCUUCCACAACCUCGAGCGCAAGGGCACCGUGGCCGACCCCAAGAAGAAGGUCUACUCGAUGAUGAUCGCCGACACCGUCGUGGUGCCGGCCAGCGGCGAGCCCAAGCCGCUCACCUCCAACGCGCCCUCGGCGUGGGACGACAUCUCCUACUCGGUCGGCGAAGACGACGAGGCCGAGGAGGAGGAAGACAAGCCCGCCGCCAAGAGCAAGGGCAAGGGCAAGGAGAAGAAGGACUCUGCCGCCGCCGCCGGGCGCACGUCGUCGAGGCUGCGAGACGACGACGCGGCCGCGUUCGGCAUGCGCACCACGCGAGCGCGCGACGCCGACAAGAACAAGAAGGACAUGGCGGCCGAGCUCCGGCGGAAGAAGCACCAGGAGGAGCUGGAGAAGAAGAAGCGCGAGGAGGCGGCCGCGCGAUUCGGGUCCAAGUCCAAGGGCGACGGCGGGCGGGAGGGCGGCGCCGUGGUGAAGGAGGUGAUGGCCUACCGGUCGGCCACUGAGUUCCCGCCGGAGGCGCGCAACGGCCGCAUCCACAUCGACCAGAAGCGCGAGGCCGUGCUGCUGCCCAUCUACGGCAUGCUGGUGCCGUUCCACAUCUCGACCAUCAAGAACGCCACCAAGUCGGAGGACUACCUGCGCAUCAACUUCAUCACCCCCGGCUCGACGCUGCCCAACGACAAGCUGCCCAAGGUGUGGAAGGACGGCCAGGCCACGUUCAUCCGCGAGAUGAGCUUCCGCUGCUCCGACCCCAAGUCCCUCGCCACGUCGCUCCGCCUCAUCAACGAGCUGCGCAAGCGGGCCUCGCUGCGCGCCCACGACUCCCACGUGCGCGACAGCCUCGUGGCCCAGGAGGAGCUCAUCCUCAACAAAGGUCGUCCGCUCUCGCUGCCCGAUUUGUACAUACGUCCGACGCUUGGCGGAAGGCGUUCGACGGGCACGCUGGAGCUUCACAAGAACGGUUUCCGCUUCCGCUCGUCCAAGGGCGGCAACGUGGACAUCAUGUUCAAGAACAUCAAGCACGCCUUCUUCCAGCCGGCCGAGAACGAAGUGAUCACCAUCAUCCACUUCCACCUGUGGCACCCCAUCAUGGUGGGCAAGAAGAAGACCAGCGACAUCCAAGCGUACAGCGAAGUCAUGGAGAUUGCGCAGGCGCUGGAUGGUCGCAUGCCCCGCGGCAUGGAGCGAGAAGAGUACGACGACGAGAACCACGAGCGGGAGCAGCGGGCCAAGAUGAACGCCGACUUCCAGAACUUCACCAAGAAGGUCGAGGACCUGGUGCCGGACUUGGAGUUCGACAUUCCGUACCGGGAGCUGGGAUUCUUCGGUGUGCCGGGCAGGACCAGCACGUUCCUCAUGCCCACCGUGCACUGCCUGGUGCAGCUGCUCGAGCCGCCCUUCUUCGUGCUGACCCUCGACGAGUUCUCCCUCAAGAACUUUGAUCUCGUGUUCGUCUACAAGGACCUCACGCGACAGCCCGCCUUCAUCUCCGCCAUCCCCGUUCAAAACCUGGACCCCAUCAAGGACUGGCUCGAUGAGUGUAACAUCAAGUACUAUGAGGGACCGGCCAACUUGAACUGGAAGACAAUCCUGUCGACCAUCCGCGAGGACCCCAAGAAGUUCUGGGAGGACGGCGGCUGGAACUUCCUCAACACCGACGGCGGCAGCGAUGACGACAGCGAGUCCGAGGAGGAGGACGCCUACAACCCCUCCGACCAAUCCGACGAGGAGGCAGCGGAAUCGGAAUCGGACGCGUACUCGGGCAGCGAGGAGGCCGACGACGUUAGCGACGACGGCGAUGACGAUGACGAUGACGAUGGUGAGGACUCGGAGGAGGAGGGCCUCGACUGGGACGAGCUCGAGAAGCGAGCGGCCGAGGAGGACAAGAGGGUCAAGUACGACGAUGACGUGCCCCAGUCCCGCAAGCGGCGAAGGGACGACUACUCGGACGAUGAAGACGACAGGCCCAAGCGGUCUUCGGCCUCUUCUGCGCGUGGUGGCGCUUCGGCCAGGCCCGCGGCCGGUGGUGCUAGACCCGCGGCCGGCAGAUCAGCUUCUUCUUCAGCCGCGCGACCUGCGUCAUCUGCCGCUUCGCGUGGCGCCGGCGCUGCGACCAGGAAGGCCGCACCGAGCGACCCCAAGCGCAGGCGCCUGGACAGGUGA